AUGCUUCUUCUCUUGGUGGCGUUCCUAGCAGGCUUCGGCGUUUCCGCGCAUUAUUUUCCUUCACAAAACAUUUACGAAAACGGCCAACUCGACGAUAUUUAUCAAAAAGAGGAUUAUUUUGGCGGCUACAAAAAAUAUGAUAGGCCAAGACCAUGCCCAAAUUUGGAAACAUAUAUCGGAAAUCUCGUUACUGUUUCCUCGGAUGCUUUUUACGAGCCAAUUAUUCGCUAUGUGAAUGACCACGGAGACUACUACGCAAUUGUUACGUGUGACGCAAAUCGCGAUACUGUUAAUCUUCUUUUUGGCCGAAAUAAUACGGAGACCGAUGUCCGCAAGUCCAACUUCAUAUCAUUUGGAACGAGCACUGGUGUAGCGUUGAAAUGCGACGAAACGGAAAGAUCGUUCUUCGAGGACAUUUUUGACCCGAAAUCAAUCACUUUUUCGAAAAAUGUUAAAGUUGAAGAGGUAACAUGCUUACGUCUUGAUAGAACAUCAUUUGGAUUUGCAAUCGAAGGCAUAAUGAAAAAAGUAGAGAACUACCACCUUGAGAAUGCCCUGAAUAAUAGGAGAAAGAAACGACAAGCUCCGAACAAACCUGCAGAAGGAGAUGAUGACACAAAAGUAGAAAAUAGUUCAGUGGUAAAUAACAAUGGAGAAAAACCAUCGAAAUCGACUGACCAGAAUGAGAAGAAUCCGUCAAAGUCUGAAUCGACUGAUCAGAAUGAGAAGAAUCCGUCCAAAUCCGAAUCGACUGAUCAGAAUGAGAAGAAUCCGUCCAAAUCCGAAUCGACUGAUCAGAAUGAGAAGAAUCCGUCCAAAUCCGAAUCCACUGAUCAGAAUGAGAAGAAUCCGUCCAAAUCCGAAUCGACCGGCAAAAACGGAAGUAGUGCAUCUAAAAAUGGAUCGACUGGUGGAAAAAAAGAAUCCUCGAAACAACAAUCUGAAAAGAUUGCUAAUAUCACCAAAAAAGAAGGUAUUCAGAUUGCGUUGGGGAGCCAGGCAGUUGCAGAUAUUCAAGAAAUUAUCAAGGAAAUAUUGUCGCAAUAA